GUGUUGCUACAAUGUGGGUAUCCCGAUAUCUCAUCAUGAUCUAUGGCGAGCCUCGGAGUUACGACGUAAGAAGAGAUAAGAGAGGAAUCACAAAGAGAACAACUCACAACUCCUUCGACUGUGGAGCACGUGGUCAUGUGGGUUGACGAUAACGUAAAAGCCGGCCGCUGGCCCUUAUCCGACGAUAGCUGUUGCUGAAAAAGAAAAAAAAAGAAAAAAAAGAACAAGGCCGAAAUGGGCCCCGUGUAAGUGGGGCCGACAUCCUUCCCUCUCUAUAACCUCUAUAACUUCCCCCUACAUAUGCCGCACUAUCGUCUUCCCCUCGCUUCUCUCUUCUCUCUUCUCUCUUCUCUCGGUUUUCCCAGUAAGGGAAGAUAAUACUAUCAUGGCGGUUCAUCUAGGGGCCUCAUCCUCUUAUCUCUACACUCUAUGUAUCAGUAACACCGAACGGCGGAGCGGCAGAGACUCCUCUGUCACCAUCUACCCCUACUCAUGACACCUCAGGGACGUCCGCUGCCUCCCACGAGCAGCCUCCCGCCUCUAUCCACUCUCCCCGCCCUAAGCGAAGGCAAGCUCCUCGCAGCUCUCGACUCCCUGACGGCCCUCUACCGCCCUCUGCUCGGGACCUCCCUAGCCCUGGCAGGAGCAAGUGCUGAUAUGGUCCCGGGCUCGAAGAAGGACCCCCCGCCUCCUCACCCCCACGACCCCGCCGACUCGGGUUACGUCUCGGCGACCGAGACGGAGGACGAGGAUGACGACAACCCGGCCACCUGUCCUCGCGGGGAAGCCCUCGCUUCCAUCCGCGCCGACUCCUUCGAGCGAGCCCACGCCGAGCGCUGGCUGACCGGCCUCCUCGGCCGCGCCGCCACUCUCCCCUGCCUCGCCGACGACGGCGACCUCCUGAACCGCGUCCUGGACCUCGCCUCCGGCAUCCUGGACUCGUUCUACGCCGCGCCGCUCGACGAGGAGGAAGCCCGCCUGGAAGAGGCGGCCUCCUUCACGCGCACCUUCUCUUUUGAGCCACCUCCCGCCUUGGACAGGGAAGAGAAGAAGACAACCUCUUCCUCCUCCCCCUCCUCCCCCUCCUCGCCCAUCCAAGUCCACCUCAACGACGGCCUGGCCGGCACCGACUCCUCCGAUCCAGACGACGUAGGCCUCCAGAGCUGGGGUGCCGCCGUCAUCCUGUCCGAGCUCCUCUGCUCCGACCCGUCCCACUUCGGACUCACCCGCCUGCCCACAUCGUCGCCGCGCAUCAUCGAGCUCGGCGCGGGGACAGGUCUCGUCUCCCUCGUGCUCGCCCACCUCCUCCCGCGCCUUGGGGUGACUGGCGACUCCACCACCAUCAUAGCGACGGACUACCAUCCUUCCGUCCUCGCCAACCUCGGCGCCAAUGUAGAGGCCAACUUCCCCCCACAAAAGGACGAGAAGCCUCACCCGGCCGCCCCUCUCGUAGCACCGCUGGAUUGGGCCUCCCCACUCGACGCCGAAAGCCCUCCUUUCCGCCACCUCGGGGGGGCCGACAUGCUUGUCGCCACCGACGUGGUCUACGCCCCGGAGCAUGCCCGGUGGCUCAGAGACUGCGCCUCCCGCCUCCUCGCGCCGCACGGCAUCUUCUGGCUCCUCGUUACCGUGCGCCGUGCGGGGCGUUUCCAGGACCUCCGUGUCGCCGAGACUGUAGAGGCCGUUUUCAGCGGAGAAGGGGACGCAGGGAGGGACUGUCGUAGGGAUCCUGUCGGACGGAGGCUGGCCAUCUUGCAUUCCGAGACGUUGGAGAAGCGGAGGGGCGUUGGACGCGGGGACGAGAGCGACUACAGGCUUUUCAGCAUAGGAUGGGCUUAAAAAAAAACAGCUGUCGGGGGUUUUGCAUAGCGUAUUCUAGACAUGGCGUUGGAUCAUUAGCAUUGGGUCAUUAGCACGCAUCUAGACUCGGGUGGGAAAAUACGAUAGACACAUUCUGAAGUGUUGAGCGAACAUCAAACGACGGGCCCUCGAUAGUAUGAGACAGAGAAGAAGGAGAGACGAUGAGAGAGAUGAUAAUAUAC